CUAAUUUAGAGUAAGUUACUUAAUGCUGGUACAAAAGAUAAGGCCAUACCCUUCAUGCACUUGAAACUAAACUAGUGCCUUAGACCAACUCAGCCACAUGCAUGAGAUCUAACCCAACCAAUAGAGUCAUGAUGGAUUGUAUAAUCUAUUUAUCCCCACCUAACAUCAAGCAAACUUUUGACCUACAUCAUGUAGUCUAUCUCAUCCAUAUCUAUCCUAACCAUAUUCCCCAACCCCGAUGAUAUGCACUCACCGCGAAUCAAUGAGACCAAGACCCGAGGAGAAAAGAUCAACCUCGUCAAGGGAGGAGAGAAGUCAAACUCGACAUUCAGAUGCAUUACCAGCCAGCAUGGAGUUUUUCUCACCGUAAACUUUCUUACCCCAUGCUAUUCUUGCCCUAACCUAACCAUCUCUUAUAUCCUACCUAAUAAGUAGCUGGAUACCUAUGCUCUCCUAAUCACCCACUAUUGACAAAAAUAUAUAUGAGACCCUGGAUUUUUGAACCAAUUAUAGAUUAAAAACUGAAUUACAAAUCAAUCCGUCUGUAUCCCUUUUCUUACAAAUCUUGAGGACGAGAUUAUUUUUAAGGGGGGUAGGAUUUGUAAAGCCCAAAAACUUGGUAGAAAAAAAUAUAUCAUGAAAUAAUAAAAGAAAGAGAUAAUAUAUAUAUAUACACAUAUAUCUAAUCCUGAGAUCUAAAUAAGAGUAUUUUCUCGUAAAAGUAAUUAUAUACUAAAAGAUAUUUCUUCAUAAAAUAGAAUAAGUAAUAAAUAAUGAAGCUUUGGAAUGAACCUCUAAUGGACUAAACAUUCGAAAUACUUUCGUAAAAUGAAUAUUUUGUGUUGCAUAUUGAAAAUAUUGCCUAAAUAAAUAAGGUAAUAAACAAAUGAAUAAACUUAAUACAUGAACCUUGCAUUUAUGUUGAAAUAUAUUUUUGGUGUGCAAAUUAGAACUUUGUUUGAAUUUAAAAUCUAAUUGGAAUUUGAAAAUAGGAAAUAAAAAAAAGGAAAACACUUUCCUGCGUUUGGGCCUAAUGCCACAUCCUCGGCCCAUCUUCCUUGUUUCUCUCACGCACCAGCCAGCCCACCUCGACCCUCGGUGCUCCAGCCAAUGACAUCGGGUCCCACUCCUCAGUCUCCGUUGUGGCUCCACACGGUCUCCCGGAUACCCGACCUAUGACUCCACGUGACUGUGCGCCUAUUAUCGCUGACCAGUGGCCCCACCCUCAUUGGUGGCUGACUUGUGGGCCUUGUCGCCAGGAGCCAUCUUCCCCCUGAUGGCUACAACUGAACCGCGGAACGGAGAUCUCGCAGUGGCCAUCGCUAUCGGUGAUUUGCUAGCGUAGCAGUCGCUCCUGUAAUGGCGGAUUCGGUUACUCCUUGCCCUCCGUAAAAUUUGCGCCUGCUCUUCUAUAAAUAGCAAGAGCCUCGGCCAUGAGCGCCAGCACCAGGUGAUUCGCGCCAGGGUGAUGUGGGGCGCGCUGCCAUUGGGAAAAUCGCACCGAGCUUCAUCGAAGAGAGAGAAAGAGAGAGGGGUCGCGUUGUGUGCUAGUCGUGGAGUAUUGACGCGGGCCGUGCGUGGCGCCUGUUGCUGUGGAAACGGCACGUAUGGCCAACCAUGGCGCCGUGGCGAGCCGGAUCGGCUGCUGCCGGUCUUCACAAGGAGGAAGAAUCGCUUGGCUUCGCCGUAUCCACCAUGCACCAGACCCCCGCGUGCGUCGGCGUGCAGGCCGGAGCUUCGCCCUGCCAAAUCGCGCUGAUGACCAUCCCCUCCGGCGAGCUUGUAAAGGUCAGUGAGCCUAUACUUGAAUACAACGUACUGCUCCGUCUGGUUCCCGCGAAGAAGAUCGUGGUCAACCGGGGGAGAUGGGAUGAAUCCUCAAUGGGGUCGACAUCACCGUGCAAUCCGCCCCGUGUCAUGGACGGACCGCGCCGCAUCCCCAAAUUCCUCGGAGCGAGGUCACGUGUCAUCUGAAGAGCAAGUUGAUACCUGG